AUGGAGCUAAACUCCCACGUCAUCAAAGCAGUGAUAGCAACGGGUCCUCACACCGGCAAACGUCUGUUCAUCCUCCGGAAUCCUCUGAUGCCUUCGGACAACCAGUUUCCGUUCCAGUUAUGGCGCAGGCAGUUUCCCAUCAACCUGGCCGUCUCAUUCACUGCAAACAAGUCGCAGGGCCAGACUUUGGAUCAUGUUGGUGUGUUUUUGCCGUCGCCCAUGUUCACGCAUGGCCAACUGUACGUGGCGAUGAGCAGAGCAACUGACUCGGCCAACUUGAAAUUAAGUUGUGGACAAACUGAUAGUAUUGUGUACAAAGAGGUUCUGUAG